ACCCACACAAGCUACCCUCCCUUCGGACUGCCCCAAGUGACACUCUUGCUUUCUGUCUGUGUUGUCUUAUGCCAUGAUCAGUACAAUAAGUCGCCUAAGCGCCACCGCCACCGCCGCCGUCGCCGUAGUGGCGACGCCUCCAGUAUACCGUCUUCUUCAACUCAGUCGAUUCCACGGGGCAGCGCAGCCGCAGCCGCAACUGGACCUCGACAACUACUGCAGCUACCGAUCUGAGUCGGAGCCAUGCCGCAAUCAGCUUAUUCGCUCGAGUCCAGUAGCCGACACGGAAGGUGCCGUCCCGUUAAGAGGAGUGCAGUGGGCGUUUAUCGGAAGCCCCCGCGCCAAGAAGCACGUUUUUGCCGAUAUGCUUUCCAAACUACUAGAAGUUCCGCAUAUUUCAAUGGCGAGUCUUGUUCGUCAAGAGCUCAACCCUCGCUCAGCUAUAUACAGAGAGAUUGCCAAAGCAGUAAAUCAUGGUGAACUUGUUGGGGAGAAUAUAAUAUUUGGACUUGUGUCAAAGAGGUUGGAAGAUGGAUAUUGUAGAGGUGAAACUGGCUUUAUUCUUGAUGGUAUUCCUCGAUCUCGGAUCCAGGCUGAGAUCCUGGACCAACUUGCUGAGAUUGAUCUGGUUGUAAAUUUCAAAUGCACGGAAGAUACAAUAGUGAAAGCUCAAGGAGAAGCUUCAUGGAAAGAAAGACUCCAAGACUAUAAGGAACAGGGUAAGCAAUUAGAAGAUUAUUACAGGAAACAGAAAAAGCUUCUUGACUUUCAAGUUAGCAUUGCACCAGUGGAGACAUGGCAGGGGCUAUUAACUGCAUUGCAUCUACAACACAUACAUGCCACACAUCCUUUGAUGAAAUUGACUGCAGGCCUGAGUUUCCCCUAAAGUUCUAUUGCCUGCUAAAAUUUCAGGUUUGUCCUCCGUUGUAAAUACAAAUUCUCAGUAUAUAAUAGUUGAAAAAUCAAUAGCAAAUAUGUAUUGGAAAUAUAGGCUUGUUAAAGCUUCCACAGUCUUCUUACUCUAGCUAUAAGUAAUUUAGAUGAAGUCUGUUAUAGUUUUUUAUGCAUUCUAGUAGGUGACUCUUGAAGAGACUUUCUCCUCUCACUCCCUUAAUGCAUCAAACUCUCUUGCAUG